CUUGCAAAGAAAAGCCCACCAACAACCAACGCCGAAACUUAAGCCCGUGAUUGACAAGGCAGAGACCGAGUCAGCCACUCCUUCCAUCGCAUUCGCAGUCCAAAACGACCCCGUUCAGCUCCCGAUGCUCUUGAGUUUCGAACAUGGCCAUAGCGGACCAGAAGUCUUCGUCCGAAGGAACUGGAAAAGCCUGGAACUUCUUUAAGAUACCGUUCCUUCACUCGGGGACUAGUCACGCCAAUAUGUCGUCGUCCUCGUCGUCCCAAAACACUCAUUACCAGAACACUAUCAACAGCAAUCCUCAGCUCGAUGGCGGCUCAAACUCGGUCUCUUCGGUCGCCAGGUCGCUCCUCCCGGCUCGGCGUCGGCUCAAGCUUGAUCCGUCCAAUAAGCUCUACUUUCCCUAUGAACCUGGCAAACAAGUGAGAAGCGCUGUUAGGAUUAAGAACACAAGCAAGUCCCCUGUAGCUUUUAAGUUCCAAACUACUGCACCAAAAAGUUGUUUCAUGCGUCCUCCAGGGGCAAUUCUUGCUCCCGGUGAGAGUAUCAUAGCAACUGUGUUCAAGUUUGUGGAGCAGCCAGAGAACAAUGAAAAACCGGAAAAGAGCAAGCUUAAGUUUAAAAUAAUGAGCCUGAAAGUCAAAGGAGUAACAGAUUAUGUGCCUGAGCUGUUUGAUGAGCAGAAGGACCAAGUGGCAGUAGAGCAGAUUCUGCGAGUUGUUUUUCUAGAUCCAGAGCGUUCUACCCCUGCCCUGGAAAAGUUGAAGCGCCAGUUAGCUGAGGCCGAAGCUGCACUCGAGGCACGGAAGAAACCUCCAGAAGAUACAGGUCCAAGGAUUGUAGGGGAAGGGCUCGUCAUAGAUGAAUGGAAAGAGCGGAGGGAAAGAUACCUUGCUCGACAGCAGGUUGAAGGGGUAGACUCGGUAUAGUGUUGCUUGUGGUUCUUCCAAGUAAAAUUUAAACAGAAAAUUUGUAUAAUCUUCUGUUUAAGUAUCAUUUUCAGCGCUGCAAAAGUUUCUAUGUAAUGAGAAGGAUGUUGUAUUCAUAGUGAUGAUUAGUGAACUCCUCCAUCUUUUGGUGAAAAAGUAUUUGAGGUGAAUCUUCUUUACCAAUUGAAGGACUUAUUGGUCAGCUAGAUGCCACCUGCGUGUAGAUAGUAGAUUUUUGUUCUCCUCUUUCUCCCUUGAAAAUAAAAUGGGUAUUAAGUGGUGUAACGCAGUAAAUUGUUCACAAUGUAUUUAGGAAUGUUUUUGGAUUAAUAUGCUUUAUGAAUGGUUAUCAUGGUAUUCUCUUUC